GGCUCCCCUUUCCCAGUUGCUGGGCGAGAGGUGUCUAUGGGGCACCCGCCGCCGCCGCCGCCGAUACCGCCACCGCCACCGCAGCUGGGUGCUGCCUCUAUGGCGAGGAGGAGGAGGAGGAGCGCCAGCUCAGAGACACAAGUACAUAAAUAAAGGACAAAGUAUUUUAUGAAACAGAUCUUCAAUCAAAUAUAACAUUUUGAUGCUUGGCAUCUAGACUCCCUUCUGCCCUCGCUAUGCCAGCAGCAACUGUAGAUCAUAGCCAAAGAAUUUGUGAAGUUUGGGCUUGUAACCUGGAUGAAGAAAUGAAGAAAAUUCGUCAAGUUAUCUGAAAAUAUAAUUACGUUGCUAUGGACACCGAGUUUCCAGGUGUGGUUGCGAGACCCAUUGGAGAAUUCAGGAGUAAUGCUGACUAUCAGUACCAGCUAUUGCGAUGUAAUGUAGACUUGUUAAAGAUAAUUCAGCUAGGACUGACAUUUAUGAAUGAACAAGGAGAAUACCCUCCAGGAACUUCAACUUGGCAGUUUAAUUUUAAAUUUAAUUUGACGGAGGACAUGUAUGCCCAGGAUUCUAUAGAGCUACUAACAACAUCUGGUAUCCAGUUUAAAAAACACGAGGAGGAAGGAAUUGAGACCCAGUACUUUGCAGAACUUCUUAUGACUUCAGGAGUAGUCCUUUGUGAAGGAGUUAAAUGGUUAUCAUUUCACAGUGGUUAUGACUUUGGCUAUUUAAUCAAAAUUCUGACCAAUUCUAAUUUGCCCGAAGAGGAACUUGACUUCUUUGAGAUCCUUCGAUUGUUUUUUCCUGUCAUAUGUGAUGUGAAGUACCUCAUGAAGAGCUGCAAAAAUCUUAAAGGUGGAUUACAGGAAGUUGCUGAACAGUUAGAGCUGGAACGAAUAGGACCACAACAUCAGGCAGGAUCUGAUUCAUUGCUUACAGAAAUGGCCUUUUUCAAAAUGAGAGAAAUGUUCUUUGAAGAUCAUAUUGAUGAUGCCAAAUAUUGUGGUCAUUUGUAUGGCCUUGGUUCUGGUUCAUCCUAUGUACAGAAUGGCACAGGGAAUGCAUAUGAAGAGGAAGCCAACAAGCAGUCAUGACAUGAAAUAGUCUUUUUAUUUUAUUUGACCUACACACAUGCUUGUAUAUAGGUUUUAUCUCUGGUUGAAUCCUUUGAACAAUAGACAAUACCUUUUCCCCGCUUUUGUAGCCCAUUUGUUUUUUGCCUUUCAGUACUAAGUAUGACCGUUCCUAUCUCAGAUCUUAAUAAAU